AUGAAAGUUUUUGGUAUCUUCGCGAUCUCGGCGAAAAUCGCACAGGCUUCACAACCUGAGAGACUGGACACGCUUCUAGAGAUGAUCAGACAUUACAGGCCAAAUUUUGACGAUACAAAAUACUUCUCGUAUGGUUGCCAUUGUCUCAUCAGAGGAGAUCAACUCGACCACCACGGAACUGGCCAGCCCGUCGAUGCCCUCGAUGCCGUCUGCCGAAAGUACAAAAACUGCCAGAAAUGCGUCCAACGUGAAUAUGGAAAAGACUGCACCGAGGCGGCGAAUUACAAGAUCCGAUACAGCUCCAGCGGGGCUAUCAGAGCUCGAGAUCGACUUGCAACUUGCGAGAGAGAAGUGUUCAACUGCGAUCAUCAAUUCGCUCUGGACAUUGCUGAGGAACUUGAUGUCUACCAACAAACUUUUCAUACUUUCAUGGGGCCAUUUGAUUACAAUGACCCCGCUAAUUGCUCGAAGAUUCAAUCGAGGACAAUUUUCAAAGCUGAAUGCUGCGGCGGAGUCAAAAGCGCCUUUACUUUAUUUAAUUCAUUUGGAAUUCAAAAAUGCUGCCCCGACGGCACCGUCCGCAACGAGUGCUGA